AUGAAAAUAUUAUUGUAAAAUGUAGAGAUUAGGAUUAAUAUUAAAAAAUAUUAUCUAAAGGAAGAUAGGAAUUAUACUUAAGAUAAUUAAGGAGGCUUGGAUUAAUUUGAAGAUUAAGCCUAAGAGUCAAAGAUGAGGGAAGAGCAAAAAAUUAUUGUAUUUUGGGCUCCACACGUAAUUAGUCCAAAUGUGCUUAAGUAUUACAUUUUAUUCAAGAUCAUGAAGAGUAUGAUGUAAAUGGAGAUAAUACUUUAAGAUAAUAAGGGGAAGAAAAUAAUUUUGACAGAGGAGCGUAGAUAUAAAAAUAGUAGAGUUUAACUUAAUAUUGGAAUAAAAUAUUUCGGUUUAGGAGUGUAAAGAAAUUUUAAAUAUCUCUAUAAUUAGUAUAAUUAAUAACAGAAUUACAUGAAUAAUGAACAUUGGAAGGAUUUAAAAUUAACAUACUACUUUUAAAGAAAGGAUCCCUCAAAGUUUUAAUAAGUCGACUUAAUCAAGAAGUAUUGUUAAGGAUUUAAUUAUGUGGUCAGUGAGACCAUGUUAUAGAAACUUACCCUAUUCAAAGAAAAUAAGGAUGUGAAAAUAAAAGAUAGAUGGAGACUGAGCCAGAAGAUAUGCUUAACUUAUUGGAUAUAGGUGAGAGUAGAAUGGAGAAACUUUAUAAAGGAAAAGACCAGUUUUUAAAAAAAUAUGGAUUAUCAAUAUUUGAUAAAGGGAAGGAUCAAAAACUUUGAAAGAAAAGAAUACAUCCAAUCCUAUAGUGUCUUUAUAAAAUUGAUGCUCAGGUUUAUGAGAGAUUGGCUAAAUUAAUUGGAAAUAUUUCUAAAACAUAUUUAAUACUAUGAUUGUCUGGAAGAUCAGAAAUUAUUUAAAUUUGCUGUAAGACUUGUUCAAAAUUUAGAUAAUAUUGUGUAAAUAUCUUGA